AUCAGGCGACGUGGGAGUCGCUUGAUUCGCGGCCACUUCCCUCCUGGUACGACGAUGCGAAGUUCGGAAUUUUUAUGCACUGGGGGGUGUAUGCUGUUCCGAGUUUUGGCUCCGAAUGGUUUUGGUGGCAUUGGAAAGGAGAAAAUGAUCCAAAAUACGUUGAGUUUAUGAAAAAGAAUUAUCGUCCGGGUUUCUCCUAUGCCGAUUUUGCGCCGAUGUUCAGGGCUGAAUUUUUCGACCCUGAUCUGUGGGCGGACAUGUUGGCUCGAUCUGGUGCCAGAUAUGUUGUUUUGACAAGUAAACACCAUGAGGGCUGGACAAACUGGAGGUCAAAUGUUUCUUGGAACUGGAACUCCGUCAAUAAUGGUCCUCAUAGGGAUCUUGUUGGUGAUCUAGCAUCAGCCAUUAGGAAGCGCACUAACAUCACAUUUGGUUUGUACUAUUCCCUUUAUGAAUGGUUUAACCCUCUUUAUCUGGAAGAUAAAGAAAAUAAAUUUGCCACACAGACAUAUGUUGAUGAAAUUAUGCUACCCCAGAUGUAUGAUAUUGUAGAGAAUUACAAGCCAGAGUAUAUUUGGUCAGAUGGUGACUGGGAAGCUAGUGAUUCUUACUGGAAGAGUAAAGAAUUUCUUGCAUGGCUGUACAAUGACAGUCCUGUUAAAGACACUGUGGUGGUGAAUGACCGCUGGGGUGCUGGUGAUAUGUGUCACCAUGGUGGGGUGUUUACUUGUGCUGACAGAUAUAAUCCAGGUGUUUUGCAGAAACACAAAUGGGAAGAUGCAAUGACCGUUGAUAAAGAUUCAUGGGGAUAUCGAAGAAACACAACUAUCUCAGACUUUCUAACUAUGGAUAACCUGACCAGUAUCCUUGCUUCAACUGUGAGUUGUGGUGGUAACAUGCUGAUGAAUGUUGGCCCAACAGCAGAUGGUCGAAUUGACCCAAUUUUUCAGGAACGUCUUGAACAAAUGGGAGACUGGCUGAACGUUAAUGGGGAAGGUAUUUAUGGAACCAAGCCUUGGCGAGUUCAAAAUGAUACCUUAACCCCUAAGAUAUGGUACACCAGCAAACCUGGGCUGACAUAUGCUAUUGCACUGGAGUGGCCCAAAGAGGAGACACUAUAUCUUGGGUCACCUGUGCCUGCUGAGAAUGCAACCGUUAAUCUGCUUGGUCUACCAGGAGUUGAGUUUCCUUGGAAGCCUCUUUCAGAAAAGGGAGGAAUGAAAAUAAUUAUUCCACCCCUGUCUGCCUCUGACCUGCCCUGUCAGUGGGCAUGGGUGUUUAAAAUGACUAAUGUCAAAUAAAAAGUGUGAGAAAAUACAACUGCAGGCCUUGUAUACAACUAGAGGCAUUAAAUUGGGAAUCAUAAGUAUGUGUAGAAAUAAUGUCCUUUUUUUAUUUUAUUAAUGUAGAGUUGAAUUUUUUCCAAGGACAUAACAAGUGAAAACUCUGCCAACUGGCUCUGUUUUAGUGUAAGCACCAACAGCCUGGCAGUGGCCUAAUCCUUAUGAGGAAAUAAUUUGAUACUUAUUCCACUAAUUUAAGAGCACUUCUGUAAAACAGUGCAGAUUUUGUAUGGUUAUGUGAGGUACAGGUUUUGUAUGGCAUUAGGAAAUUGUAGACUUUUUCAUAAGUUAGAGUUUCAUGGAUGUAAUGUAGAGUAUAGGUACACAAUUUAAACUGUUUCCUCCAAAUGUAAAAUCAUGAACAAGUGGAGUGCAAUUUGGGCUGAAAUCAUAUGCAUGAUUUAAAAAUCGAACAAGCCCACAGCACGAGUUUGAUUUGUAAUCACAAGUAUGAUUUCAGACUAAAAUUGCAUGACACAAGGUUCAAUUACCACUUUAUUACAUCCAUUUUGAAAUCGCCCAAAUACAGGACUUGAUCAGUUCAGAUAUUCUAUUAAUGCAGUACUGAGCUGGUUUGAAAUUAAAUUCAUCCAUUGUUUUGGGGGAAAAAUAAGAGUUGUGGAAACAAAAGUUGCAAAAUUUGUCAUAUGAUACUUUGUCUUUUAUUUUCCUGCAAUUUGAUUGGUUUCUUUAAACAAGCCUUGAAAUCUGAUUGGUUGUUUUGUUUUUAGUGUAGCCUCAUUGCCUGGGAAAAAGAUGUGAUUCAAAGCAAAAAAUGGUGGGAUUCGUGAAUAAAUUGCACCAUUUAGAGCCAAUCAGAUUACAGGGACCACCAAUGAUUUCAAAAUGGGUAUAAUAAAUGAAAAAAACAAAAAGAAAUUAAAAGCUUGAAGCAAGGUAAGAGGAUGAUGGGAGGAAAGCAGUAUUACUACAGCCAUAGCAGUUGAUUAUGAAGGAAUUUAUGUGUGUUAAUAAAAUUAUCAAUCAAACAUUCAAA